UUGAAUAAACAAAAAUUUUCCUCUCAAAAAAGCAAAAAAUGUCCACAAUGUCCUUCAUUUCAACUGCUGGUUGUUUACAUAUACUUUUUUCCUUCUUCAUAUUUUUUCUCUAACUUGUCUAAUUUUAUCCUUUCCUUAAUUUUUAUUUUUUUUUCAUUUCCAUCUGCUGCCAGCCCUUCUCUUUUUUACUUUAAGCCCGAAAAAAACUCCCCGUUCGCGUGCUCACACAUCUAUAUAUGUUUGUGUAUAUUUUUAGUCCAUUGUUUUUUUCCUCAAUCCCUCAUCCAUUUAAUUUAUCCAGUAAUAUAUUUUCUUCUCUUAUUAAUCUUUUAUUCCUUUUUUUGUAUCCACGUGAAGGUUUUUUGCUUAGAAAUUAUUUUUUUGCUUUGAAUUUUUGUAUUCAAGAUUUAUUUUUAAUCGUCUAA